AUGCCUUCUCAAAACAACAACACAACCGUCGACGAACAUGCCAAUUGCGCCCCGGACGAUCCCUGGCGUCGCCACGCGGUGACCAUAGACGCCUAUCUGUCUGGAACGUUCGAUCUGAUACUAUUGGGUAAUGCCAGUCGUUUCAACAUUGUUGAAAAUGAUGGUACACGUAUCGUGCUCACUCAUCUAUCGACAUAUCGCCCGAUCAAAGAAGAGAACCGAUGGUCAGUGGAACACUACACGGAUGAUCAACCUGAUAACGGUCGAUCAUCUAUUAGUGGAUGUGCGGAAGAAGAAAAUUGUGCGUUGAAAAGCGUACCGAAUGAGUUGGCGCCUCUUCUGAAGGAAGCUCUCGAUGAAUGGACGCAAGCGGAGGAAGCAGGCAAUAGUCAGGUGAACGAACCUGAGGUCAAAUAG